AUGAGCUCACGAAUAGAGAUCCUGAACGACGGAGGAUAUCGCUCCGAUGGCCGCAAACAAUACGAACUUCGCGACAUUACCAUAGACCUAACCCAACAGGGCACCGCAGAUGGCUCCGCCCAGCUCACUCAUGGGCUCACGCAAGUACUCGUCACCGUCUUCGGACCCCGGGAAGCCAAAAUGCGCUCGCAAACAUUGCACGACCGUGCUGUCUUGAACGUCGAGAUGAGUGUGGCGCCGUUCAGCACCGGCGAACGUCGAAAACGGUCAAGAGCAGACAGGCGAAUUCUCGAAAUGGCAGCUAUGAUCGCUUCCACCUUCGAACCCGUCGUACAAACGAACCUCUAUCCCCGCUCCCAGAUUGACAUCUACGUACAUGUCCUCCAGCAAGAUGGCUCUCUGCUCCCCGCGUGUAUCAACGCGACCACCCUGGCUCUCGUCACUGCAGGUGUCCCUCUACUCGAUUUUGUCUGCGCGGUCACUGGCGGCGUACACUCGACAUCACCCCUUCUGGACCUGACGACUCUCGAGGAGAACGAUGUCCCACAUAUGACGGUCGCAGUCAUGCCUCGGACACGAAAAGUAACCCUUGUUACAAUGGAGACGCGUCUGCACGUCGAACGGUUUCGAGAGCUAUUCGAGCUUGCAUGCGAGGCAGGACAGACAAUUCACAGGGAGAUGAAGUAUGCUGUCAAGGACCGUACCGUCGCGCUCGUCAACGCAAUGGACGCCGGUUCAAAAGGUGGCGCAGCGGACGACCAUGACAGAGAUGUAGUGAUGGACGACAGAAUAUGA